AUGCAUAAGCUUAGACUCACCAAUUUUGCAGCGUCGUUCUUUGCGACUGCAGCUACUGCAGCAAGCAACACCGGUCCCUUUUCUCUUUAUGCUUAUGGAACUGGGGUUGGUGGCCUUCCCAUCUUUUCCUCUGGCGAUGAGGUCUUUGUUGGCAACUUCAGCAAGGUCGACGACUCUGAGGCCGCCCCGAUUCAAUUUACCGUGGGAGAUGAUGCAUGGUAUGCCUCUCCAAACACGACUGGCUAUGCCAAAGGGCGUGAGCCGAGCUGGUCCAACUACACUUUCGCUGUUCCGGGACCGUCAUCGUCUUCUCAUAGCGUCAAACUCAUCAAUAGCACAACCGAUACAGGUGGUUAUGUAUCUGAUCUGACGUUCUAUGGCACUUUUGUCAUGGUCGAAGAGAAUGGACAGAUGGCUUCACUUUGGUAUGCCACGCCAUCAGAGAUCGAUGGUGUUUAUGCCAUUGGUUGGAAUGCUUCAGAUGCUGGCCAAUCUGACGAUAAGGUCGUCAUUACACUGAAGAGGACUCCGCCGUCAAACCCCAGUCCCGAGGAUCACGUCAUUAAAUCUCCUGCGAUUGGUCUGACUAUGGAAGCACCCAAGGCAGUCGGGUGGACAACCCCGACGGCAACCCCAUCCCUGGGUACUGGUCGAGUUGUCUUUACCGCCGGAAGCACUAUCGCCAUUGACGCACCUGCUAAAGAAGUCUUCGAUACCAUCGUUGACUUCAAAAGAUACAGCGAGUGGAACACUUGGACUCCCAGACUCACAUUCACCGACAGUGAGGCUUCAGAUGCGGUGAAACCAGGAGCCAAUGGGAUUCUGGAAACUCUGACCGACAGCGACGGCGACAUCAUGGAAAUUCCAAUUGAGAUUCUGGACUUAAGCUAUGGCGAGGAAGAGUGCAAGCUGGCUUGGAAAAGCAAGUAUCUACCCUGGUGGGCUGCAACCAUUGAGCGGGUACAAACUGUCACGCCCAAGGGGCCAGAUGCAUGUGAAAUCAAGAACUGGGAGUCUAUGGGUGGUCUCGCCGCAUAUGCGAUGAAGCUCUCAUGGGUAUCGAAACAGCUUGGGGCGGCUAACGUGCGAUACCUAGAUGAACUUGCGGCUUUCGUAAAAAAGACUGUUGCAAGUCAGGACGUGCCAGCGAAGGCUUGAUAGUGACACGGUUGGGCUUCGGGACAAUAAUGAGGGUGAA